CGCAAAUAGUUUUGAUAUGGCGCCGACAACAGAGGGCAUGGAUGAAAAAGCUCAAAGAAAUGUCAUUAUAUUCAAUCAAUCUAGAAGUGAGGUGUUCUCUCCUAAUAAUGGAUUGAAAUCAUUAAACAGAAAGCUACGUUCAACAUGGAAGAUUCAGAGCAACAAAUCCGAGAUAACUUCAGAGACAUUAUCAUCAGCUAGUAUAUUUGUUUUAAGUGGUAGCAGAGAAAAAUUCACAGGCUCGGAGUUGGAGUCUAUAAAGCGGUACAUUGAUGGGGGAGGGAGUGUCUUAGUUCUCCUGGGUGAAGGAGGAGAAACACGGUUUGAAACCAACAUUAAUUUUCUUUUGGAGGAAUAUGGAAUCAUGGUAAACAAUGAUGCAGUAGUGAGGACUUCAUAUUACAAGUAUUUUCACCCUAAAGAGGCACUAAUUGCUAAUGGUGUUUUAAACAGGGCAGUUAGCCAGGCUGCAGGGAAGACCUUCUCUAUGGAUGAAGAUGGGAACAAUGCUCAGGCCCUGUCUUUCCUGUACCCCUACGGAGCCACCCUGAAUGUGAUGAAGCCUGCUACAGCUCUCCUGUCUACUGGCUCUGUAUCCUUCCCUCUCAACAGACCAGUCUGUGCUCUCUAUGAAAACAGGAACCGUGGAAAAUUGGUAGUGCUGGGGUCUGUCCAUAUGUUUAGUGACCAAUACAUAGACAAAGAAGAGAACAGCAAAGUUCUGGAUGUUCUGAUUCGAGCUUUGACUUCAGAUGAAAUAAAACUGAAUCCUAUUGAUGCUGAGGACCCCGAGAUCUCAGACUACAACAUGCUGCCGGAUGUUGCUAAGUUAGCCGGACAGUUAAAGACAUGUCUACAGGAGAGUGACGACGUACCGAGGGACAUCACAAUGCUGUUUGACAACUCCUUAUUUAAACUGGACACAAGUCUAGUUCCUAAAGCCAUCAAGGCCUUUGAACAGCUGAAUGUGAAGCAUGAACCCCUCACCCUAAUAACCCCUCAGUUUGAAACCCCCCUACCCCCACUACAGCCAGCAGUGUUCCCCCCUCAGUUUAGGGAAUUGGAGCCUCCCAAACUAGACCUGUUUGAUCUUGACGAGCAGUUCUCUUCAGAAAAAGUUAGGAUCGCUCAGCAAACAAACAAGUGUACAGAUGAUGAUUUGGAGUACUACGUCAGAGAAUGUGGUGACAUCCUUGGGGUUACCUCUAAUUUACCACAGGACUCGAGAGAUGCUAAACAUGUGUUAGAAUACAUUUUCACUCAGGUUGUGGAAUUCAAGAAAUUAAAUCAGGAGCAGGAUUACGACACGACUCAGUUUGGAGGAGGGGGAGGCUACGAUCAAUAUUAAUACUUACCGGUAAAUCGAUGUGACAUGGCAUGAGUGACUAUAUUUAUAAGAUGACAUUUCGGCUCCGUCCCCUGCUGUUGUGUUGACUAUCUGUGAUAAAUUGGUUGUGUUAUUUUGUGCUACAAUCCACAAAAUUUAGAUCUGACAGUUUAAUUUAUUCUUGUGCUCUAGAAUAUACUGAAGACUAGAAUAUUUUCAAAUUUUCAUUUAACUACAUUAGUAGUUUGUGAGAACAAUUGAUAGAAUUAUGACUUUAAAUUUCAUCAAGACUCGUGCAAGUAAAUAAAAUUAAGUCUC